AGUCUGCUGUAGGAAGAUAUUAUUCACUACAGAAUUCCUGUGAUCUUGCUGGACCUCUCAUUUAGCCAUCUGUAAUAUUAUAUGGCUGGUCACAGAGAGACAGUACUAUGGCUUUAGUAACUGCUGUAUAAGAUUGAUUGCCAAUUUUAGAGCCUUGCAACCCCGCCCCUGAUAAAUUUCUGCAAACACCAGUAUCAAAUUAUUGGAAGCGAGCUUAAAACAUCAGAUGGUGUAUUUUAACAAAAUGGACUACACAUAAUAGCUCUGCUAGGAAGAUGUUGAUGCAGGCACUGUUUGUGGUUGUGCUGGCAUCAUUCUGCAAUGCACAGUUUCAACCACAACCAGCAGGUCGUAUCUUAGAGCCACCUGUUCCAACUCUCUGUGCACAGAGGAAGAUUCAUGAACACUUCAAUGGCAAGGGCUAUUUCUUCUCAUGGAAAGACUCACAAACACAAACUCCUGAAGACUGGCUUGGUGGUCGUAACUGGUGUCGCAUGCGUUGUAUGGACCUUGUCAGUUUAGAAACUACAGCUGAGAACGAGUUCAUUAAGAAGCGAAUUGUUGAAGGAAACCAACGUUACAUAUGGACAAGUGGGCGUCUCUGUGACUUUAAGGGUUGUGACCGCCCAGAUCUGCAGCCCCUCCAUAUUAAUGGUUGGUUCUGGACUGCUGAACUGACUCGUCUUCCACCCACAACUGACAGACAUCAAAAUGAUUGGAGUCAUACUGGAGGACUCAACAGGCCCCAGCCUGACAACAGAGAACCUCAGCAGGGAGGAGCUCCAGAGAACUGCCUUGCUGUGUUGAACAAUUUCUACAAUGAUGGCGUUCACUGGCAUGAUGUUGCUUGCCACCACCGCAAACCAUUUGUCUGUGAAGACAAUGAUGCUCUUUUGAAAUAUGUGCGAUACACCAAUCCCCAUCUGAAAGUAUAAAACACUGUAAGUGCUGAUAGGAACAAUAAAAUUUUUAUAACAAGCCUCAUUCUACAUGCAUGAAAGUCACCUGACUUGUAUUCUUACAUUCAUUUCAAAACACUGAAAGUAAUCCACCACUGGAAGUGAAUAGUAACACAAGAUCUAACCAGAAAACUGAGAAAAAUCUGCU